CUGUACCGCUGGGAGGGAACCAGCUAGGAAGGCCGAGAGGGGAGGGGGCUCGGCCUCCAGCCGUGGGUGGACUGACAUGUCUCUGGAAGACCCGUUUUUUGUAGUCCGAGGCGAGGUGCAGAAGGCGGUGAACACUGCCCGCGGGCUGUACCAGCGCUGGUGCGAGCUCCUGCAGGAGGGCGCCGCGGUCGGACGCGAGGAGUUGGACUGGACAACCAAUGAGCUGCGGAAUGGCCUGCGCAGCAUUGAGUGGGACCUCGAGGACCUGGAGGAGACUAUCGGUAUAGUGGAAGCCAACCCAGGCAAGUUCAAGCUCCCAGCUGGGGACCUGCAGGAGAGGAAGGUGUUCGUGGAGCGGAUGCGGGAGGCAGUCCAGGAAAUGAAGGACCAUAUGGUCAGUCCCGCAGCCAUAGCCUUCAUGGAGAGGAAUAACAGAGAGAUGCUGACGGGCAAGCCAGCUGCCCAGAAGUCAUCCAGUGACCUGCUGGAUGCCAGUGUGGUCUCAGCCACCUCUCGCUACAUUGAGGAGCAGCAGGCCACACAGCAGCUGAUCAUGGACCAACAGGACCAACAGCUGGAAAUGGUGUCUGGCAGCAUCCGGGUUCUAAAACACAUGUCCGGCCGCGUUGGGGAGGAGCUGGAUGAGCAGGCAUGCUGGAUGCCUUUGCUCAUGAGAUGGACCACACCCAGUCCCGGAUGGAUGGGGUCCUCAGGAAGAUGGCAAAAGUAUCCCACAUGACGAGCGACCGCCGACAGUGGUGUGCCAUUGUGGUGCUGCUGGGGGUGCUUCUCCUGGUUCUCAUCCUGCUCUUCUCUCUCUGACCCCGGCCCUCCCCAGGGGGCUGAUCCCUCGUGCUGGGGGAGCUGGCAGGGCCCUGCCCCCUGGGAGGAGGGGGUCAUGCCUGGGGAGCUGUCCCAAGGCUCUCAUCCAGAGCCAGUGGCACCCUCAGGGUCAUGGGCCAGAUCCCUCGCCCUGGUCUUGUCUCAAGUGCGCUUAAGGGGUAGUGGAGGUAGGGGGCCCUCAGACACACCCUGCCCCAUUUCUAUUUCCAGUGCCCCAAAGCCAUUUAUUUGCCCCUGUGCCUUCAUGUGCCAACUUGGAAAUAAAAUCCCAGCCUUUUUUAUACAUAUUUGUAUCAUAUGGUGUGGUUGACUCGAAACUUGUGGGUGCCCCGAGUGGAAA